AUUCAAGUCGCCACAGCCGAAGGAAUUUAACCAAACAAAAAUUUGCUCAAUUCGUGAUUGCGGGCGUGCUGCUGCUGCUCACCAAUACCGAUGCCUGCCAAGAAUAAACAAAAACAACAAUGGGGCACGUAAAAAGAGCUUCCAGUCGUCAGCGGAUUCAUCGUACAUAAACACACACACUCGCAAACGAGCGGAGCUGAGCGAAGCGCUUUAAAACUGAAAAAACUGAAAAAAUCACAGUAGCCCACGACCAGCACUCAGAAUCACAACACACACAGCAAAAGGCGUGUAAAAAAGUUAAAUAGGCGAGCGCGAAUUAAAGUAAAUCGCAAAUAACGCACAAUCAGUUUUGGGAAAAAUUUAAGUGAACAAAAAUCCUAAAACGGGGCUCAGUGUUUUUGUUCCCAGCAAGCAGGGCUCUGUCUCCCAGUGCACAAGCAGUGCAAGCAGACAGGCAGGCGCAAGCAGGUGGACGCGUGUCUUCUUCUUCAACGAAGAAGGAAGAAAAAGAAGAAAUAUCCAGGAAAUCCCCUUUAGUCGUUUUAUCCGCUGAGCGGAUAUUACUUAUCGUUAAUACGUACGCCACACCACAAACACGCUCAAAAUGGCGUCGCCUGGUAUCGCUGCUAAUGCCCUUGUCGCCACCGCCGUUGCCGUUCUCGUCUUGGUGAUUUGUGGUGUGGAAUCUGCCGCCUCCGAUGGAUGGAUACAUCCGCGCACCCCCCAACUGGAGGUGGACGCCAUGCGCACCGAGUACAUUGCCUUGGAGCGUGCCCUGUGGGAUUAUCUGGCCAAGACGGCCAACAGCCAAAACAACAAGGAGACGCAGCUUCGCAAGGUGUUCGAUUCGCAUCGCGACUUUAAUGCCAAGCGCUUGAUGGAACACAACUUUGAGGAACAUCGCUACGAGCUGCUCAAUCAUUACGAAUGGUCGCUGCUGGAGCGAGAUCUUAUCUACAUCAGCAAGCUGUACGAGGCCUACAAGGAGACCUUUGUGAGACAAAACUCUAGCGCCCAACUGGAUCAACUGGCUGUGCUGGAUCUGACCCGGGAAGUGCUGCGGAAUGACAACACCAUCUCGAUGCCGCGCAUCCUGGCGGAAAUCGAACGAGUGAUGGUCCAACAAACACUCUACUAUCGCGCCAUGAUCGUGUCCACAAAUCAAAUAUGCAACACACAACAAUCGGCCCAGCAGUUUGUGUACUCGCUGUACGCGGACAUCGCUCUCACCGAACUAAAGGCCUACACCAUGAUGGAGUUCUCCUGGAUGAUGCUGCGCGUGUACGGCAAGGGCAACUUCACCCAGGAGGCCGAACUAAUGCGUAUGGACUACGAAAAGCGUACGGAACGUACGCUGAAGCUGCUCAAGGACGUGAUGCUGCGAGCCGAUCGCAUCGUUUAUCGCUGCGAUCCCGACAAGUAUGUGAAGGGUGUCAACUAUGACGAGGUAACCCGCCUGCUGCAGGGCUACAUUGAGAACGAGGUGGAUCUAAACAAUGAGGAGACCUGCCGGGAGACCUGUUCAUUCUACCAGUCCACCCGCAGUGAGGGUUGCUUCAAGGAUCUCUACUGUGCCCGCCAGCCCCGGUGCUCGGGUCGCCUGUACAACUGCCAGUUCGUCGACAGCGACAUGUGGGUAUGUCCAUCAGCCCAGAAUAGCACCAGGCGAUACGAGUUCAUCGAGUAUGAGAAUGGACGUGUCUUGGGACAGAGGGCCAGGUGCACCAGGGGCACCACCAAGGUGGAUAGCUGGUGGCGCUAUCUACUCUGGCACUGCAGCUAUUGUUUCUGCCUCUGCGACGAGCAGGGUCUCAAGUCGGAUCGUUUCUUUAGCCUGCGGGAUUCGGUGGCCGAUGUCAAGCGCAACAGGAUUGUGACUGGUCUGCGCUUUGUGAAGCUCAAUCGCAUCUUUCACUUGCAAAUCCAGGAGGGCGAACUCCUGCCCCGCGGCGCCAUCAAUCAGAGCACGUUGGAGUGGAAGCCCGUGGACAAGUACAACAUCUUUGAUCGUGAUGUGAAAAAGGGCGUCGACUAUCACACUUUGAGCUACGAAAGUCGCACCAUCGACCUGGACGAUGUCAAUACGGAUGAUAAUAGCUUUGUGAUAACCGGCGUGCGAUUCAGGGUGGUGGGAACCCAUCUCAAUCUGGAGGCCUACUACAGCGAAUUCGACUUCAAGACGGGCCAGCUAGUCCAGGUGGAGGGCAAUAGCUAUUGGAAGUCCAAUGACAACACCGAUGUCAGCAAUAACAGCAAAGAACGAAGGGAGAAACUGCGCCUGGAGAACGCGGAUGUCUCUACGCGUACGAUCACACCCUCGAUACCUCAGUCGCGCCACAACCAGUACAUUGACUUCACCAACACGGGUCUGGACAAGGAUGCCGCGCAGAGCACAGUGCCGUUCAUUGACAUCCAGGACGUGAUCUCGAAUCCGCCAGUGCCGCUGUCCGGCAUUGGUAUCUACUACAAGGGACGCAAUGGCUAUGGCGGCUUCCUCGGCCCCAAGAUAAUCACGUAUGACUUUACGCCCCACGUCCAGGUGCCCAAGAAAAAGUUCUAAAAGAGGUCACGUAGGAGAUGAGGCGGUGCCCGCACAUAUGUCAUAGCUUUCUUAGUUGUACACACACACACACCCUUGUCGCGUAGAUCAAGUGGAGGAAGAGGGAGAACCAACGAAGCGUUAGGAGAGUCGCGAAUAUAACUCAAAUUAUAUUGGAAUUUAGCCAUAAACAAAAACCACAAAAAUAAAGAGAAUCUGAAUCUAAAAAUCCCUCAGAAAA